AUGGCCAACUCCAGCUCGACCGAGAAGGUCGCUCCGCCCUCGACCCAGCACCAGCACCAGCCCGCGGGCGACUGCCCGCACGCCGUGGCCUCCACCAUCAUCCAGCGGCACCGCGACAACCGCCAGCGCUUCGACUCGGCCGACUACGAGAUGGCGCGCCGCGCCGCGGGCCCGUGCGCCGGCUGCACGUGCGGCAAGUGCGCGCCGUCGUCGGACGGCACCGACCUCGAGCGGGAGCCCGAGCCCGGCUCGGCCGAGCACCGCGAGCAGCUGCGGUGUCUGCGCCUGCAGCGGUUCGACUCGGCCGACUGGGCCAUGCAGGUGCAGCACGCGCAGCAGUCCCCGCAGACCGACUCGCCCCCGACAGAACCCGCGAACGUCGCGCAGAUGAUCAUGGACCGACACGCGCUCAAGACGUGCGCGCUCGUCGGCCCGGCGCCCGUCAAGAACAGCGCCGACGCCCAGGCAUAG